GAUAAGGAAAAGAAAAGAAAACAAAAGAAAACAAAAAUAGGUGCUAGUGUAUUUAAAGACAUCAACGUCACGUCCUUUUUUUUUGUUUUUAUUUUCUUUCAUCAUGGGUAAAUGGACAGACAAGUUAUAUAUCACACAUUCAGAAUGGAGUGGUGAAGUGGGUCAACAUUCAGCUUCUGCUGGUAUUACAGGCCAUAAGCCUUCAUUAGGGUUUAAACGACUUCCUUUUUAUUGUUGUUCACUUUCAUUACAGCCUUUUGAACAUCCUGUAUGCACACCAGAAGGCACUGUGUUUGAUCUCGUCAACAUCAUUCCUUACAUCAAAAAGUACGGUACCAAUCCAGUCACUGGAGAAAAGCUCGAGACAAAACAACUGAUCAAGCUCAACUUUUUCAAGAACGAAAAGGAUGAAUAUUAUUGUCCAGUCACUUUUAAAGUGUUCUCAAGUCAUACAGCCAUUGCAGCCAUCAAAACAACAGGCAAUGUGUUUGCAUAUGAUACGAUCGAAAAGCUUAACAUCAAACCAAAGCAUUGGCGAGACUUAUUGACAGAUGAGGUGUUUACGAAAAAGGACAUCAUUAUGAUCCAGGAUCCACAUAACCUAGAGAAGAAAGACUUGUCUAAUUUUGAUUAUGUCAAAAACAACAAGAAAGCAGUGAAUGUGGCUCAAGAGAUCGAAAAGAGAAAACCAGAGAACAAUAUCAAUAUUGCCGGCAUGGGCAAUGUCAAGAAAGUCUAUGAUCAACUCAGCCAAAAGAAAGAGGAAAAGCCUGUGCCUACUUCAUUUCACCAAAAAAAGGCCAAUUUACCUUACAACGCAGCUCAUUAUUCAACAGGUGAAGCUGCUGAAUCGUUCACUUCCACAGCCAUGAACGCCUAUACACAAUCCACGCGUGCAUUGAUUGAUGAAGAUGAAUUUAUGUAUAAAAAGAUCAAGUCAAAAGCUUAUGCGCGUAUCAUCACAAAUUAUGGCCAUAUCAAUGUUGAAUUGUUCAGUGAUCGUGUGGCUCGUACAUGCCAUAAUUUUGUACAAUUGGCCAAGACAGGAUACUAUAACAAUGUCAUUUUUCAUCGAAAUAUCAAGCGGUUUAUGAUUCAAGGUGGUGAUCCUACAGGUACAGGCAGAGGAGGUGAAUCCAUUUGGAAGCGUGAUUUUCCUGAUGAGAUCAAGACGACAUUAAGGCAUGAUGCAAGGGGUGUCCUUAGUAUGGCCAACAAGGGAAAAGAUACGAAUAGUUCUCAAUUCUUUAUUACUUAUGGUCCUGCUCCUCAAUUAGAUGGUCAACAUACUGUGUUUGGCAAAGUAGUGGGUGGAAUGGAUGUACUGGCGAAACUAGAAAACGUGCCUGUGGAUGAUAAUGAUCGUCCUGAACGAGAAAUUAAGAUCAAGCAAAUACAAGUGUUUGUCGAUCCAUUUGAAGAAUACCAAACACGUCUUAAAAAGAAACUGGCUCACGAAGCCAACAAGGAAGCAGAAGACGAGGAAGCAAGAAGAAAGCGAGAAAAAGAAGACAGAAUGGGUUGGUUUGGUCCAAGUGUAGUCAAUACAGAACAAGGAGGUGUUGGCAAGUAUUUACAGCAAGCAAAGAAGCGUGCGUCUGAAGCACAGGCAACAGAAAGUGUGAACAAGAAAGUGAAAGCGAAAAGCACGUAUGGUAAUUUUGAUAAUUUUUGAAUAAAACACAUUUGAGAAUGCUUGUAUUCAAAGAUAAAAAGAGACACAAUCACACAGGAUAAAAGUUUGAUAUGGUGUUCUAUAGAGCAAACCCAUCUGAAAUACAAAGGCUUCGGGCUAGUAACUAUUCAAGUCUUGUUAUACACCCUAGAAAGUAGCAUGUAUAAGCAGCUUAUUUAAGCCAAUUCUUUGCAAUGGCAUAUCGAUAUAAUUAAAUGUGCCUAGACUAUACAUCUCAAUUGAAUACUCAUUGCACUUACUAGAC